UACACAUUUAUAUAAUGCGUCCGUAAUUUUUUUAAUACAAUACAUUUGUGAUAUUAUUGUAUUGAAAGUGAAAUUUUGAACAAACCAAUGUAUUAUACGGUUUUUGCCGUAAAUGGGCCAAGAUUAGAAUCGACGGAAUCGGAGGAUCAUUUUACUGUGACGCCAGCACCGCCGGACAUUAAAAAAUGUCUUUGCCAAGGGAAUUUAUAUACAACAAGGAGUUAUCCAAGCUGGAAGGCAAUAUCCUCGGGUCUUCAGCACCACCAACGUCGACAGCGCCAGUGUCCUGCUCCAUCGAUCUUCCAGGAGAUGCCAUUGCAGAGGCGGUGCUGUCUCCCGAGGCUGCAGGGUCCUUACUGUCGAUUCAAUCUGCGCCUCCAGAACAGAGUGAGAGGAUUGAACAGAGGGAACGACCUGUCAGUCUACUCUUAGAACUGCCGUUGGCUACUCAAGUAGGCGCCUACCUGUCAGCGAUGUCGCCGACGGAGCAAGAAGAAGACUCUCUUCUUACGCUGUCGUCCGUCACAGCACGACCGCUGCUAGCUGCUUCUAGAAAACUGAGGCCGCAAAGCGAUAGCACAGACACAUCACCACCAGACGGCGGUUACGGCUGGGUGGUGGUAUUUGGUGCAUUCAUGGUGCAGUUCUGGGUGGCUGGACUAUUCAAGUCCUAUGGAGUCCUUUAUGUGGAGAUUAUGGAAACUUUCCCAGAUUCCUCUGAGAGUGUCGCUUCUUGGAUACCAGCUGCACUGUCCACUUUGUGCUUGGCGUUAGCUCCUUUAUCAUCAGCCCUUUGUGAAAAGUACUCCUGUCGUCUGGUCGUCUUCAUAGGCGGACUGUUCUGUGCAACUGGCCUCGCUCUCUCUUUCUUCAGUACUGGAUUGCUGCAUCUUCUACUCAGUUUUGGUGUUAUGACUGGUAUCGGAGGUGGAUUAUCUACUACUCCUGGCAUAGUAAUAGUAUCACAAUAUUUCGACAAACACAGAGCAUUGGCAAACGGCAUAUGUGUGAGUGGCACAGCUGCUGGAAGCUUCGUUUUUCCGAUGUUGAUAGAGAAACUGGUGGGUGUGUAUGGGCUGCAUGGAACUGUUUUAUUAUUAGGUGGCGGCAUGUUACAUGUGUGUGUGGCAGCUACGCUUUAUCGUCCACCUCCCACGAUAAGGUCCAACACACCAGUAACCACAACAACGACUGAGAAUACCACGCUUCUUAAUGACAUACAAGAUGGUAAAGCUCUACCAGCGAAGGACAACAAACUACAGAAUCUUUUCCAACCAGAGAGCGAAAUAUCUAUGAACCAGAAAAAUGCUCUACUCAACGAUGACAAACGAACUUUCUUCACUGAAAUUAUGCACCCAAGUUUGAUUGAGGUAGCGCGGCCACCUCUGCCUUGUCAGAUGUCUGAUUCAGAAGAUUCCGAAGGGAUGGACGUUUUAGGAGUUGUUGGCUUGCCCCGUGAAGUUGCCCGUCUGCGUUUGCGUCCAACACGUUCGUCGUCAAUCCUGCACUCCGUGGAAGAUCUAUCCACAGACAGCACAUGUGUUUAUAAAGCGAGUCGAAGGAAGAUUAGCAGAUCGCUAUAUAUAAAGCCACCUUUGCCAAGUCGGAUAAUCCCUAAUAAAGUUCAGGAACCGGAGGUAUUAAAGAAGGACGAAGAAGAGAAGAAAGAAGAAAUGGAAGAGGUAAUAGAAAAGGGAUGUGUCGCCACAAUAUCAAGAUAUUUGGACGUUUCCUUACUGAAGUCCUGGCGCUUCGGCCUCCUGUGUACGUCAGUAGCACUUAUGUCCUGUGGUUCUCCUUACGCGUUAUACUACUUACCAGCUUAUACCGUGGCCGUGGGACAUAGUAAGGCUGCAGCAGGUCGCCUUGUAGCCAUCAGCGCCGUAUUAGAUCUGUGUGGCAGAUUAGGACUGGGAUGGCUGUGUGACUUACAUCUAUUUUGCAGACGAAAAGCAUACAUUUUAAGCAUCAUCGUGGCCGGUGUGGCGGUACUGACGCUUCCUAGUUUGACUUCUUGGUGGGCAUUAGCAAUUGCAUCUGGUGCUUAUGGACUAUGUUUGGGUUGCUGGUUCCUCCUUGUACCUGUAUUACUAGCUGAUGCAUUUGGAACAGCUCGAAUCGCCUCUUCAUACGGUCUCGUCAGGAUGUUCCAGAGUUUAGCUGCUGUAUCUGUACCACCGACUGCUGGCUUGAUACGUGACGUUACAGGCGGUUACUCAUGCUGCUUCUACGGAAUGGGAUCCUGCAUGGUCCUAGGUUCUAUUCCUGUCAUAGCCUUUCACAUUGCCACGAAAAAUAAAGAGAAAGAAUGAACGACCAUUUACAAUUUUGGUGUUAAAAUGUGCCACGGGUAACUAAAAUAUAAUAUGUUCCCAUACUAUAAGUUAUAUCGUUAUAUGGAAUAUCCAACUCAAUAACGAGUUAUAAUGUAUUAAAAAUUAUGGCCGAUGUAAGAAACAUAUUAAGGGUCGUUAACCCUCAAAGGUCGUGAAUCUAUCAGGUUUUAUAUAUAUUUAUAUAUUCACGUGCGGUUAUUAAUGCGAUUAUAUAAAAGUAUGUGUUUUACAGAAAUUAUUUGAUUUGUUCAUCUCAAACCACUUAUCCAAACUUUUACUGUUUUGUUAAACUUUGUAUUAACCUUAAUUAACCCUAGUUUUUAUUACUUUAGGCAAGAAGCUUUAACUGUUUAGAGACUGCUUUUAGUAACAGUUAAAUAUUUGCUUUAUAAUGAUUAUAUUGACAAACACUUAUUAUAUUGCUAAAAAUUAUCAAUCAUGUCGAGCUAAAUUAAUAUUGGUUUAGCCGACAUAUGACGUAAGAUUCGAGGACAUGUCAAAGUCUGAUACUUGUCUGACAUAUGUCAUCAAUGUGACAAUGAGUUCUCUGUCACUUUAGUCACUAAGUUGUCUGUGAAUUUUACUCUUAGAGUUAAGGUAUCAACGUUAAAAUUAUAUGUCGAUGUGUAAAAGUAAGUAAACAAUCCAUCAAACUUCACUCUCUUAAUUUAUACAAAUGCUAAAUCUUUUUAAAGGAUUGGCGUGAAAUUUGUUUGUUACACAUUUUUAUUGUCUCAAGACGUUUCGAUCCAACGAUAAUUUCCAUAUUCACCUAUCCUUCGAUUACCUACUUAUAAAACACAUUCACUUAUCAAUUGUUUGGGUUCAGAACAAUACAAUUAUCUGAUUUUUUUAAAUAAUUAUACUGACUCGAUCUUCGGUUUUACAUUAAAUGCUCAUAACCUACACUACUAACAGAAUGUUUUCAAGUUGACCCCUGAAUGUAUGUUAUAUAUGUACAUCGGUACGAAUCUUGA